AUGGGCCGGGGGUCGGGCCCGGGGGAUGCGGGGGGUUCGGGGUCCCGGGGGUCCCGGGGGGUCCGGGGCGGGGGUCUCCGGGCGCUGCUGGGGGCUCUGUCUGCGGCGGCGGCGGCGCUGGGCUCUCUGGGCUGGGGCUACAACCUGGGCCCGGACCAGACCCUGCUCUUCCAGGGCCCCCCCGACUCCUUCUUCGGCUACGCCGUCCUCCAGCACGUCCACGACAACACGCGCUGGGUCCUGGUGGGAGCACCCAAGGCGGACUCCAAGUACAGCACCCUGGUCAAGUCACCUGGAGCCGUCUUUAAAUGCCGCGUGCACACCAACCCAGACAGGAGGUGCACCGAGCUGGAUAUGGCCCGAGGGAAGAGCCGGGGCAGUCUCUGUGGAAAGACCUGCAAAGAGGACCGAGAUGACGAGUGGAUGGGGGUGAGCCUGGCAAGGCAGCCCAAAGCCGAUGGCCGCGUGUUGGCCUGUGCCCAUCGCUGGAAGAACAUCUACUAUGAGACGGAUCACAUCCUCCCUCACGGCUUCUGCUACAUCAUCCCCUCCAAUCUCCAAGCCAACGGCAGGACCCUGAUUCCAUGCUACGAAGAGUACAAGAAGAAGUACGGAGAGGAGCAUGGCUCCUGUCAGGCUGGCAUAGCCGGCGUCUUCACUGAGGAGCUGGUGAUUAUGGGAGCUCCCGGCUCCUUCUACUGGGCCGGAACGGUCAAAGUGCUGAACCUCACCGACAACACCUAUUUCAAGCUGAAUGACGAAGCUGUGAACCGGCGCUACACUUACCUGGGCUACGCCGUGACCGCGGGACAUUUCUCCCAUCCGACUGCCACCGACGUGGUAGGAGGAGCUCCCCAGGAUGAAGGCAUCGGGAAGGUCUACAUUUUCCGAACCGACAGGCGAUCCGGAUCCUUAAUCAAGAUUUUCCAAGCAUCGGGAAAGAAGAUGGGCUCUUACUUUGGCUCCUCCUUAUGUGCAGUUGAUCUGAAUUCUGACGGUCUGUCAGACCUGCUGGUCGGCGCGCCCAUGUUUUCGGAGAUCAGGGAUGAGGGGCAAGUUACGGUCUACCUCAGCAGAGGCAACGGUGUCCUGGAGGAGCAGCCGGCCCUGAAUGGCGACAACGCUUACAACGCCCACUUUGGCGAGAGCAUAGCCAGCCUGGGGGACAUGGAUGAUGACGGCUUCCCAGAUGUCGCCAUUGGAGCUCCUAAGGAAGAUGAGUACGUGGGAGCGGUUUAUAUCUACCAUGGAGACUGGAAUGGGAUCGUCCCGCAGUAUUCUAUGAAACUGUCUGGGCGAAGGAUAAGUCCAACGCUCCAGAUGUUUGGGCAGGCCAUCUCGGGGGGCAUCGAUAUGGAUGGAAAUGGUUACCCGGAUGUGACCAUCGGGGCCUUCAUGUCGGACAGCGUGGUUCUUCUAAGGGCCAGGCCGGUGGUUACCGUGGACAUCUCCAUCUUCCUUCCGGCCUCCAUCAACAUCACCGCUCCCCAGUGCCAUGAUGGCCAGCAGCCAGUGAACUGCCUCAACGUGACCACCUGCUUCCGCUUCCAUGGCAAGCACGUGCCCGGAGAGAUAGGCCUGAGUUAUGCCCUGACAGCCGACGUGGACAAAGAGAAGCCCCGGGUGUAUUUCGUGUCCUCGGGAGAAGCUCUGGGUCAGUUGUCGGAGAAGCUGCAGCUCUCAGUCAUGGAGGAGAAGUGCCGACACUACCAAGCCCACGUCAAGCGAAGGGUCAAAGAUGUGAUCGAUCCAAUCGUGUUCGAAGUCGCCUAUAGCCUCGAGGAGCACGUGGUCGGAAAGGAGGAGAAGGAAUUACCGGCUCUUCAACCCGUCCUCCGCUGGAAGAAGGGGCAGAAGAUAGCACAGAGGAACCAGACGGUUUUUGAGAGGAACUGUCAAUCGGACGACUGUGCAGCAGAUCUGAAACUUCAGGGCAAACUGCUGCACUCCAGCAUGGAUGAGAAAAACCCUUAUCUGGCAUUGGGAGCUGUCAAGAACAUUUCCCUCAACAUCUCCGUCUCCAACCUUGGAGAUGAUGCCUACGACACCAAUGUGUCCUUCAAUGUUUCCCGGGAACUCUUCUUCAUCAACAUGUGGCAGAAGGAGGAGAUGGGCAUUUCCUGUGAGCUGCUCGAGUCGGACUUCCUCAAGUGCAGCGUGGGCUUUCCCUUCAUGAGAUCCAAGUCUAAGUAUGAGUUCAGCGUGAUCUUCGAUACAAGUCACCUAUCAGGGGAAGAGGAAACGCUGAAAUUUCUUGUUACCGCUCAAAGUGGCAAUAUCGAGCGGGCUGGAGCCCUCCAUGAUAACACACUCACCCUCUCCGUGCCUCUGGUGCAUGAAGUAGAUUCGUCCAUCACUGGGACGAUGUUCCCCACCUCCUUCGUGUACGGUGACUCAGUGGAGCCAUCCAACUUUGUUCAGCAGGAAGACAUGGAAUGCCAUUUUCAGCCACUCAACAUCUCUCUCCAGGUUUAUAACGCUGGACCCAGCACUCUUCCUAGGUCUGUGGUCAGCAUAUCUUUCCCUAACCGCCUUUCUGCCACUGGAGCUGAGAUCUUUCAUAUUCAGGAGAUGAUGGUUGGUCACGAGGGAGGAAACUGCUCUUUCCAGAAAAAUCCAACCCCCUGCGUCAUCCCUCAGGACCAAGAAAACAUCUUCCACACCAUCUUUGCCUUCUUCACCAAGUCUGGGAGAAAAGUCUUGGACUGCGAAAAGCCGGAAACCCCCUGCCUCACCCUGCACUGUAACCUGAGCGCUCUAGCGAAGGAAGAGACCCGCCCUGUGGCUGUCUACAUGCUGCUGAACACGGAGAUAUUAAAGAAGGACAGUUCGUCAGUCAUCCAGUUUGUGACCAGAGCCAAGGUGAAGGUGGACCCGGCCCUUCGGGUGGUGGAAGUAACCCGGGGGAACCCAGAAGAGGUGUCGGUGGUCUUUGAGGCGCUACACAAUCUGGAGCCCCGUGGCUAUGUCGUCGGCUGGAUCAUCGCCAUCAGCCUGCUGGUGGGGAUUCUCAUCUUCCUGCUCUUAGCCGUGCUCCUCUGGAAGAUGGGCUUCUUUCGCCGGAGGUACAAAGAGAUCAUCGAGGCCGAGAAGAACCGGAAGGAACAUGAAGAUGACUGGGACUGGAUCCAGAAAAAUCAGUGACAACGCCGGCCCCUGGACAUGGAGCCUCCUGCCCUAACUUGCCUGUGGUCCCGCUCCUUGUAUCUUCCAUAUGUGGAAGAAAAAAAAAAAUCUUCUCCAGAUUUUUCGGAGACCCACUGAAGCCUUCUCCUCCCCACACCUCCCCCGCCCGACCCACAAUCCGACCUCGCGAGGGAGAGAGGCCCGAGGCAGCCCCGAAGCCGUGAGCGCACGGUGAACUCUGAUCUUGGGUAACCCGGCUGCCAUGUUGAGCAAUAUUUAUGAAUCCAACUUAUGUGGUGGGACCCUCAGGGGUAAAGUCUUUCCUGAAAGUAUUUUUAUAAACAUCUUCCUUUUAUACCGAUCAUGUCUUUAUAUUUGUAGCGACGUUUUAUCAUUUCAAUUAAAUAGCUCUAUAGUUCACUCAAGCACUGAUAUGUGGCUAAAACCUUGGAAAUACACCUGUGUAUGUACGUGUGUGUGUAUAUAAAUACAUAUAUAUAAAUAUAUAUAUAUAUAUAAAUAAACCUAUUGUACUUUUGAACUGUAGCAUCGAAAAGAAUCAAAUGAAAGGAGCUGAAGAAACCUCACAAGGUGAAAUCCACUGGGCACGGCAGCUCUGUUUCUGAUCCGAGAGAAAGAAGACGGGUUACGGCCGAGAUCGUUUCUGAGCCGCGUGCUAAGGAAGCAGGGUGCCGCUCCUAGUCUCCUUCUUCAAAUGAAGAUGCUGUCCACACUGCAGAAUGUCUUACCCAGCAGGACCACAUCUCUUCAACAGCCAGCGUCAAAUGAAAUUAUGCGUGAGGGCCGAGCUUUGGACAUUCACGUUUAAACCGACCCCAGCGUGAAAUCCUCUGACCAGAUUAGAGCCACUCAUCGUUACAAAGCCUUGCCCUCCAUGUAACCCAAACAAGUCCUCAGAUUGAUACCCCCUGAGACGGGAGAGCCACCCCCUUCACGAAUGUGGUGAUAGUAGCCUGGGAAGGCCCGGUCUAGGACAGAGACUGCUCUCUUCCUCAAUCGAUCAAUCAACGGUAUUUAUUGAGCACUUACUAUGUGCAGAGCACUGUACUAAGUGCUUGGAAGAGCACAAUACAACAAAAUUAGCCGAGAUAUUCCCUGCCCACAACGACCUUACAGUCUAGAGGGACCUCGUUGUUGAGAUCUCGGCUAGUGGCAGUGAAUGAUUGAUUUCAAAACCGGGCCAUUUUGUCCAUCCUGUGAUUCUGCUUUUGCAGUGAAAUUCAGGCUCCUCGGGUCAUGGCAGAACUCGGUGGCAGAGCCAGUGGUUGGGUCUUUAACCUCCAGGGUCGACGAUUAAAAGGAAUACUAGAUGGCAGCCACCAUCCAGUUCUACACUCCAAUCUUUCCUGACACUACAAAAAGGACCCCACUCCAAUAUACACCCUAUCCACAGGAGGAAAGAAGGCAGUGGGGGCCAGAAGGAGCUGCAGAAGAAUCAGAAACAGAGCUAUUGAAUGAUCUCUGAACACUGAAGGGAAGACGCACGCUCUAUAGGCAAUGGAGAGGAUUCUGAGCAGCAUUUCUUACACCCAGGGCUGCUGUUUUGAAAGAGCACAACAUCCCAAAUCCACUGCGUGGCAACCUGUUUCCUGGAAUGAGGGAGUCCUGACACCUCUUCGGCAUUAUGAGGAUCUUCACCUUGAUAAUGGAGAGUUUGCUUAUUCUUCUUUCCUGUUGAGCAAACCUUAGGAGAAGUAACCAGAAACAGCCGGGAGUGAACUGGACUCACCUACAGUAAUUCAGUUGGUAAUUGAAAUUCCUUUUAUUAGCCAAACUGGUGGGAAAUUGGCCCACUUGGUCAAAAGACAAAAUGAGAGGCAAUAGUAGAAAGGACCCACUCCUCCAAGCGUAGCCUACCCCCCAGCCAUUUCUUCCUAAAAGAGCAUGAGGCCAAUGGGUAAGUGGUCUUUGCACUAAUUUGGAUCCUGGCAGCAACUGGGUUCCGAGACUCUUGGUUAUUCAGAGGAAAGAGUAAAGGCCAAAGAUAAUCGUGAGUUCUUGCCUCAUGAAGUAUGACUGGGUUCCAAGACUCUGGGUUAUUCAGAGGAAAGAGAAAAGGCCAUAGAGAAUCGUGAGCUCUCGCUUAAUGAAGAACAAAUUAUUGAAUUAUUGCAACAACUCGGAGCAGACCAUUUCACCAGAUGCGUGGCCCGUUUGCCCACCUACAGAGAUGCUUGCGAUUGGAAUUCCCAAUCUGCGGUUGCCAUGGGAGUUCAGCCAACCCCAGUGGGAUGGAUCGUAGGAUUUCCCCAUCCCUGGUGUCCCCGAAAAUCUCCCAGCACUGGCCACCCGAGGAAUGAGGCCCCCAGCAAGGUCUGCUUUGGGGUGUUCUGAAAGUUGCGGUAUUUUUGGCUAAUGGAAAUGUCAGCCGUUUUGUUUGUAUAUCCUGCAGGAAGUUGUAUAAACGGAACUGUGUAGAGAGACCAGACCCCACUCUAAAUGGGAAAUCACAGUGCCUUUUGAUUAGGGUGAUUCUCCAAGACUUCCACAGACUUCAAGCCGCCUCAGUGAAAAGCCCCUUAAGUCCCUAAGUACUGUCUGGAUCAGCAGGGAUGAGGCCAGCUGUUUGGUCUGAUUUUAUCCUGGCCACAUGCAUUGAUAGCUUUACAAAGGGAGUUCUACAGGAAACUGCACUCGUCCCAUCGCGGCGUCUUGGAGUUCUAGAAAGCUUCAGACUCGUGGAGCUCUCACUUCUCAAGUUUCCGGGAAGGGCAGAGAUGAGCGGGGUCUGUUCUUCUCCAAGGAAAGGAGGGGAAUAUGUCACCUGAAAGGCUUGGGGUCUUAACUAUAUGUUAACCUGGACCCUGUGUUGGAUUGGGAUAAUGGAAGGAGAGAGAAAGAGAGAGAGAGAGAGAGAGUGCAGUGCAGAUGGUAGAAGCCUUGUGAGACCCACCAAGUUUAGUGGGGGGGGGGGGCAUAUUCUUUCUAGGAGCAUCAAACAUGUUACAUUUCUGUCCCCAGCUGGUGUUAGAAGUGGCUAGGAUCCAUCCGGAAGAGUGUCCAUGUGUAAAGGGUUAUCUGCCUUAUUUAAACUCAGUAUGUGACUCUGGAAAGAAUGAGUUCUAAAGCAAAGGAUUCAGGGCUUAAGGGAGAAGCAAGAAGCUUUCCUUAUUGAAUGUCCAAUGUCUGAAGAAUUCUGGAGCCCUACUAGCCUCUCUUGAAUAUUUUCUGUGUCACAGCACAUUUUGGGGAAUCUUGCACAACUUUUCCAGCUUAACAUAUAUAUGGCUCUGGGUGUUAGAACUCUGAUUUUGCUUAUGGUUUAAGAAAACCGAAAUGUAUGUGUUUUCACUGGUGCAACGACUGUAGAUGCUUUAAGGCAUGAUUUGUAUUGUGUAACAGGGCACAAAACCCACUCGGUUUUUCUCUUCUUCACUAGUGUCGCUCAAGUACAAUAAGUGUGUAGAUUUCCUUCAGGAACUUCCGCGGCGUGGGAAUCCCCUCCUACGUUGCCACUGUUGGGAAUCUCUGUGGCUGCCUGUUUUUUCAUUCACUCGCACUGUCUUGGAAAUGUCAGGUUUACAAAGAUCUGUUUGGAAUUAAAAAAUGGCUGUAGACAAUUA